CCCGCUCUCAGAGUUUGAGCUCGAGCGCAGUCCGCUUCACCGACACCUGGAAUACAGCGCGCGUGCACAUGCAGCUACCGAUCAUGGCACUCACGUCGUCUCGCUCCAGUGGUGUCCUUGUCCAACGAUCACCCUCCGUGUGUCUCUGAGAGGAACCAUGCUGUCGGGAAGCUGGCGCCGUGGAACCGUGAUCUCGGGGUCCAGGUUGGGCAGUACUGUGGUUCUGGAGGCUCAGUAUGAUUACUCGUACCGUGCCACCGAUGGCCGUCUGGUCUCCAUACACGAGGGCGAGCGCUUUCUCCUGCUGAAGAAGACCAAUGCGGACUGGUGGCAUGUGCAGAGGAUCGGGGUCGGCGCGAAGGUCAAACCCAUAUAUGUGCCAGCAACAUACGUCAUUGAGUUGCCUAUAAGCCAGUUCCGCCCCUUGCUGCCCUCCAGCCAAUCAGCAUCUGAGAACUUCAAGAUGAUUCCACAAGGUUCCCUCACACCCUGCAUGCAAACGCAUGGCUCAGCGCCUGAUAAGCAGUUCUGUCGUUCCAUGGAAAACCUAAACUUCAGCAGUGCCUUGAUGGAGAAACACACUGGUAGAGUUUCAGCGGGAGGACGUUUCCCGACGUUACCCUUCUCCGGUUAUUCAGCCUCACCCUCGGGUCACCUCUCGGUUCCGGGCGUCCCAAUCGCCCGCAGCCAAAGCUCCAGCAACCUUCCCCAGAACCCAUACCAGAACCAGGACCCGAGCCCCAGGAGCCCGACUACAUCCUGCAGCCAGUGGGACAUGAGCACAGCCGCUCACAGACACACACAGGUACACAUACAGAUCUCAUCAUCUGCCUACAUUUCCCAGAGUUCCCUGUCAGAGCAGGGGAAGCGGCAGUGGGCGGAGCCUCCCAAGCCGUUGCCGGGUCAACGACCCCUGCUGACGCUGCAGCUGUGGGAUCAAUACUGUGACCCCGGAACCGGACGCUGUUACUAUGUCAACACCGUUACCGAGGAGCGCUCGUGGAAACCUCCACGCAGAGCCCGCGAAAGCCACGCCCACCAAAACAAGGUCGGGAUGGUUCAGCGUGACAUCAGGCACCUGUCGCUCCCAUUACAGAACUCAGGAAGCAGCUCAAUGCACAGGCUCUCGCCUGACCUCUCCUACAUUACCCAUGAUGCCAAUGGCUGGCAGCUGAGUCAGAGAAUGCAGCACGCGGCGUCUUCUGAAGCACUUAGCUCCGCCUCUGGUUCGUUAGGCGACGCCCAUUACAGAAGCUCCAUCAGCCAAUCCUACUCCAUGUUCCUCCCCUCACAGGAACAGAGAGCUUCUGCAAAUGGCAAGUCAGAUUACAGUCUGGAGGAAUCUGACAGCUCAACAGACACUGAAGGAGUCACACCGGAACUGGAAAAGGCCGGUCUGCUCAACAAAACCAAGAUAGCAGAAGGAGGCAGGAAACUGAGGAAAAACUGGAACCCGUCAUGGGUGGUGCUGGUGGGAAACAGUCUCGUCUUCUUCAAAGACCCCAAAAGCCAGAAUCCUGACAGCUGGAAGCCGGGUAACAGUCGUCCGGAGAGCAGCGUGGAUCUGAGAGGAGCUCAGCUUCAGUGGGCCAACGAUCUGUCCAGCAGAAAAAACGUUUUCAAGCUGAGGACGGUUACAGGAAAUGAAUUUUUGCUGCAGUCAGAGACAGAAUUGCUCAUCAGAGAAUGGUACAGAACCAUCCAAAAUGUCAUCGACAGGCUGGAUAAAGAGAAUCCUCUGGAUAAUGUGCUGCAGUAUUCUCUGAGGAGAGCCGGAUCGGUCGAGAUGUUGGAUCAGAGCGGAGACGAGGAUGAGACUCGCGGUGGAAAUAAGACUUCGUUGCCUCGCUCCGCGUCUAACCUGGAGAGCUCGGAGCACAAGCGUGUGAAGAGCCGCUUGAAGAAGCUGAUUCUCCGGAGGCCUCCGCUGCAGACGCUGCAGGAGAAAGGACUCAUUAAAGAUCAGGUGUUCGGCUGUGGGCUGGAGCUGCUGUGUGAGCGAGAGAAAAGCUCCGUCCCUCAGUUCGUCAGGAAAUGCACCGAUACUGUGGAGAGGAGAGGUUUGGAGACUGAUGGGAUUUACAGAGUCAGCGGGAAUCUGGCCGUCAUUCAGAAACUGCGCUUCGCUGUCAAUCAUGAGCGAGCCGUGACCACAGAUGGACGCUAUCUCUUCCCUGAGGAUUUAGUUCAAGAGCGUCUGGAUCUGGACGACCCGCAGUGGGAGGACAUCCACGUCAUCACCGGAGCGCUCAAGCUGUUCUUCAGGGAGCUGCCCGAGCCUCUCGUGCCCUACGAAUUCUUCCAGGACAUUGUGGAGACCGUCAAACUGUCUGAUCACGAGGAUAAGGUGGAGAGACUGAAGCUGCUGGUCCUCAGCAUGCCUCCACCCAACCACCACACCCUACAACACAUGAUCCGACACCUCAGACGGGUGAUGGAGUGCUCCGACAGCAAUCGCAUGACCACGCAGAACAUCGGCAUCGUCUUCGGCCCCACGCUGAUGCGUCCCGAGAACGAGAGCGGAAACAUGGCCUUUAACAUGGUGUAUCAGAACCAGGCCGUGGAGCUGCUGCUGAGCAAAUACCUGCAGAUCUUCGGAGCCGAGCAGACGGGAGCUUCCUGAAACAAUCCCAGACUGCACUGGGACACGAGGACGAGUCUGGACACAGACUGCAGCAUUACUCCACAGACUCACCGGAGAUAUGAGAGAACACCACCGGCUCACAUGUCAGAAAUAAUAAUAGUAAUAAAAAGAAAUCAUAUUUUGCAUGAAGAAAAUUUAUUUUUACGACCAUUAAGAUAACAUAAUAAUAUUGUCCUAUUUUUAAUUAAACACAUUUUUUCAACAUAAAUUCUCA